AUGAAAGUCGUGUGUUUGACUGUUUCUGUUUUGUUGUUCUGUAUUGUUUAUGCGAAAGAUGGACCAACAUUCGUCGGGCAGGAAUCGAACGUCACAGUCGUGUUGGGCAGAGACGCAACACUCACUUGUAAGGUGGAGAAUUUACAGAGUUAUAAGGUGGCCUGGCUCCGAGUAGAUACCCAAACAAUCCUCACAAUAGGCCAUCAUGUGAUCACCAAGAACCACAGAGUGGCUGUCUCCAGAAGAGACCAGAGCUGGUCCCUGACACUACGUGACGUCAGACCUGCAGACGGAGGAUACUACAUGUGCCAGAUCAACACAGAGCCUAUGAUCACACAGACUCAUCAUCUGCAUGUUUCAGUACCACCAGAUAUUGUGGACUCCGACAGCAGUGGUGAGGUCUUAGUUUGGGAAGGAGACAAUGUGACUCUUCACUGCGCUGCUUCGGGAACUCCUCAACCAGUCAUUUUGUGGAGAAGAGAGGACUCUGCUGCCUUCAACAUUGGAACGGAAUCUGUCACAAAAUGGAACGGACCUUGGCUGAAUCUGACAUCAGUGUCGCGAGACAUGAAUGGUGCAUUCCUCUGCAUAGCAUCGAAUGGAGUCCCACCUUCUGUCAGCAAAAGGAUCCUUCUGCACGUACUAUGCAAACCAACGGCCAGGAUUACACAGAAAAUGCUUGGCGUCUACGUGGGCGACACGAUGCUACUGAAGUGCAAGAUCGAAGCGAAUCCUACACCUAACGUGUAUUGGACACAUAUAGACUUCAACAAACUUUAUAAUGGAUCGAAACACCAGAUGAGUAUAACGUCACAAGGGUACAAGCACACAGCUGUACUUCGAGUGAGAAACAUGUCUCGAGAAGACAUUGGUUCCUACUACUGCUACGCUGAAAACUCUAUGGGAUCCACAAGAGAUGACGUCACUGUUUACACUUUAGCAACCACUACAUCGACAUCAACUGAGUUAACGACUGUUCUAGAAGAUACCACGACGGCGGUGCACUCGUAUGCCGAAUUAGAAGUGAAGGACCAUGAUCCCGACCUCUUCCCGGACGAGGAUCGCAUCGUAGUAGUGCUGAGCCAGCAUCAAAUGCAGAACUUGGGUAUGUACCUAAUCGUCAUAUAA